AUGAGAGUCUUCUCCCGGUUAUUAAUGGCAACCCCAUCCUCAAUGGGCUCCAAGUCCAGCCUCACCGAAGCCGUCGCCCUCCUCCCACCCCUUCAACUGUACCGCCGCCUUCUCCGCGUUCAUCGCAAGAAGCUCGAUCCCGAAAUGCGCAUUCUGGGCGAUUUGUAUGUCAAGGCGGAGUUUCGGGCGCAUAGGGAGACUGAGAAUCCGGUGCAUAUCAUCGGGUUCUUAACGGAGUGGCAGCUGUAUGCACAGAAGUUGGAGGGGGAUGCUUGGGCUGGGGAUAAGUUGGAUAAGGGGAAGUUGGAUAAGAUGAGUGAUCAACAACUCGGCCAGCUUUACGAAUUGAUGCAUACCAUCAGGAGCAACGAAGAGGGAGGAGAGAAUCAAUGA